UCACGCUCUCGAUCAUCGAAAAAGGCUACAUACAACUCCGUUUCCAUACUUGCUAUUUGAACUGUGCUUUUGGAAGCUAUCAAAUGGAUUGGAACUGGAGUGAGAUAUUUUCAAGCCCAUUAUGGGCAGUUUCUACUGUAAUACUGGGGCUGGUGGUUCGGGUGCAGCGGAGAGCGCGCUGGGAUCCCCGGGACUGUCCUGUGCAGCUCAAAGGCAAGACAGUCAUUGUCACAGGAUCCAACACUGGGAUUGGGAAAUUCGUAGCACUGGACUUUGCCCGGCGCGGCGCGCGUGUGAUCCUCGCAUGUCGCAGCAUGGAGCGGGGGACAGCGGCAAUGCAGGACAUCCGCCGCCUAAGCGGCAACAAGAAUGUGCAUCUGCGCCUGCUGGACACUGCUUCUCUGCAGUCCGUUCGGCAGUUUGCCGAGGACUUCCUGCGAGAGGAAAAGCAACUGCACAUUUUGGUGAACAACGCUGGGGCUUCUGGUAUGCCUAGGAGGAUCACGACAGAUGGGCUGGAAGUGACCUUCGCUACAAACCAUGUAGGACCCUUCCUGCUCACAAACCUGCUCCUAGACCUAAUGAAGCGUUGUGCUCCUGCGCGCAUUGUCAACGUCUCCUCAGUCAACCACUGGAAAGGCCAGGUCCACUUUGCACACUUCCAUGGGAACAACUUGACCGGCGGAAUGGACAGCAGCUACAACCAUACCAAGCUAUACAAUAUUUUAUGGACUAAGGAGCUGGCGAGGAGGCUUCAGGACACAGGCGUGACGGUGAACUCCUUGCACCCUGGUGUAGUGAAGACGGAAGUGAUGAGAUACUACCACUGGCUAAUCAGGCUCAUCUUCAGUAUAACAGGAAUCUUCUUUUUCAAGUCUGCGGAGGAGGGUGCAGUCAGCACCAUCUACUGCGCCGUGGCUGAGGAGACCGAUGGCAUCACCGGGAAGUACUUUGACAGCGACUGUUCACUUGUUCUUCCCUCCCCUUUGGCCCGGGAUCCAGCUCUGGCAGAGAAAUCGUUUGAGUUUUGUGAGAGACUGACCGCGAAGCUUUGAACAUCCAGAGUAAAUAAGCCGACAUGGGUGUUUUUCUUUUCAUUUAAUUGCAAUUAAGUUUUACCAGGACAAUGCAUCAAGGACUAAAUAUCUUGCUAUAAUUCUUACGCUGUGUGUCAAAUACAGUGAGCACAGCUAACCAAAUAACCAUUAAUCCGCUAAUUCCAACGUAAACCGCUUAACCUUCUUUAAUUUUGUCGCAGCUUUACUAAUUUCUUCCAUUUACGAACAGAGAAUACGUAAGUUGCAAUUGUACAAAUGUUUUUAGUGAAACACUUAAUAUUUUUUAUGCAAAAUAUCUUAUUUUCAGCGAAUACAAUCCAUACUGUUUAAGCUACUACAUGAUAUGUAUUUUAAGAUGCAUAAGUUAAAUAAAGCGAUUGCUUUGUCGUCUUACACUUGCAAAAAGUCUCUUAAAGGUAGUGGAAAAGUUUUCAUAUAUUUCUAAAGACAAGCAUUUACUACAGUAGCAAUCAAAAUUAUACAACUAAAAAUUAGUGAUAUUUUAUAAUCAUAAAGUAACAAAGUUACUGCUUACCGAAAUUCACAGUUAUCCAUUAAUUGAAGCAGUUUAUUUUUACUGCAUUUCCUCAGUGGAAACUCUCUCGCAUCACAAAAAAAAGGUCGAAGCUCCUCAAUCGGUGUAAACAGAACCCAGAUGUGAUCUUAAUUAUUGUCAUAUGAGUAGCCCUAUUCACAAAUGGGAGGGUGAUCUGGACUGCUUCGAGACUCUUCUGGUUAUUCUCCUCACAGAGCCCUAAAACAUAUUUAGUUUAUAUAUUUGAACAGUAAACCAUUCAAAGUUUCCACUGAUUAAAUAUUUGUUUUUUAUGGCUUUAAGGAUAAUUGUUAUCAGGACAGAUUACUAACAGAAAAGUAUUACAACAUAUGAUCCUCUGUGCAAAGUAAGUAAUUUUCCAGCAUAUAAAUGAUUAUCUAUUAUUAAUAAUCAGAAGAUUUUUCAAAGCAUAAAGUGUUUCAUUAAUACUCAUAUUCCUGCAUAAAUUAAUACAAAAAUAAAGAUUCUUUUAUUGGCUAA